GUCCUGUGAAAAAAACCAAACCAUGCGCGCCAGCCUGACGAACCAAACCGCCCCGCACGCAGGAUCGGAUUCUUUCCGGUUUCCACUGCCCUUCGAGAGGCGGUUACUGGGACCUUUCUUUGUUCCAAACCCUAAGUUCCCCACCAGCUGGAAUCUCCCCACUUUCUCUGCGGCGUGAUGGAGAUCGCAGUCGCAUUCUCCGCCGAUUCACCGCCGCUUCCUGUCAUCGCCGCCGCGAGGAUCGCCGGCGUACCACUUUCCACCGACCCCAGCCUCCCUCCAGGCUCCGCGCCCGUUUUCCGCUUCGAUUCCGGAUUGAAAUUGCAAGGUACAAACACACUCCUACGCUAUAUCGGGCGGGUUGCAUCAAUUCCCAAUUUCUACGGCCAGGAUGCGCUUGAAUCAGGACAGAUUGAUGAAUGGCUUGACUAUGCUCCAAUCUUUCUUUCUGGCUCGGAAUUUGAGGGUGCUUGCAGCGACGUGGAUGGCUAUCUAUCUCUGCGGACUUUUUUAGUUGGCUACAGUUUGUCCAUUGCUGACAUAGCUGUAUGGUCGGGUCUUGCAGGCACUGGACAGAGAUGGGAAAGCCUUAGGAAAUCAAAGAAAUAUCAAAAUCUAGUUCGUUGGUUCAAUAGCAUAGCAGUGGAAUAUGGUCAUGCUCUCAAUGAAGUCACAGCUGCAUUUGUUGGGAAAAGAGGGUUAGGAAAGCCUGCGGCUAAACCUACUGGAGUAGUAUCAGGCAGUAAUCCAGAUUUAAAGGGAAAGGAGACAAAUGGGCCGGUUGUUUCGAAGGCAAAUACUGCUGGGUUUGAAGUAGAUCUUCCUGGUGCAAAAGUUGGGGAGGUGUGCUUGCGUUUUGCUCCAGAGCCUAGUGGGUACCUCCACAUUGGGCACUCAAAAGCUGCUCUUCUGAACCAGUACUUUGCUCAGAGAUAUCAAGGGCGGCUAAUUAUUCGCUUUGAUGACACAAAUCCUUCAAAAGAAAGCAAUGAAUUUGUGGAGAAUCUGCUGAAAGAUAUAGAGACUUUGGGCAUCAAAUAUGAUGCUGUUACUUACACAUCAGAUUAUUUCCCUCAGUUGAUGAAAAUGGCUGAAAACUUGAUUCUGAAGGGAAAAGCAUAUGUGGAUGAUACACCUCGGGAGCAGAUGCAGAAGGAGAGGAUGGAUGGCAUAGAAUCAAAAUGUAGGAAUAAUACUGUUGAUGAGAAUCUGGCAUUGUGGAAGGAGAUGAUUGCAGGGUCUGAAAGAGGUAUGCAAUGCUGUUUACGAGGUAAAUUGGACAUGCAGGACCCAAACAAGUCGCUUCGAGAUCCUGUUUAUUACCGUUACAAUCCGGAUCCUCAUCAUCGUAUCGGAUCCAAGUAUAAGGUCUAUCCAACCUAUGACUUUGCGUGUCCAUUUGUUGAUUCCAUAGAAGGUGUGACACAUGCCCUUCGGUCAAGUGAAUACCAUGAUCGCAAUGCACAGUAUCUUCAAAUUCUUGAGGAUAUGGGACUCCGCAAAGUCCAAAUAUAUGAAUUCAGCCGGUUGAAUAUGGUAUACACGCUUCUUAGCAAGCGUAAACUUCUUUGGUUUGUUCAAAAUGGGAAAGUUGAGGGAUGGGAUGAUCCUCGGUUCCCUACCGUGCAGGGCAUAGUGCGCAGAGGUUUGAAAAUUGAGGCAUUAAUACAGUUCAUUCUUCAACAGGGUGCUUCUAAAAAUCUGAACCUUAUGGAGUGGGACAAGCUGUGGACUAUCAAUAAGAAGAUCAUUGAUCCAAUAUGUCCAAGACAUACUGCUGUCCUUGAAGAAAAUCGUGUGAUGUUGCUUCUUACAGACGGUCCAGACGGUCCUGAGAAGCCAUUUGUCCGUAUCAUGCCUAGGCAUAAGAAAUUUGAGGGCGCUGGGACAAAAGCUACAACAUACACAAAGAGAAUAUGGAUAGACUAUGCGGAUGCAUUAUCUAUCACGGAGGGUGAGGAGGUAACAUUAAUGGAUUGGGGGAAUGCUAUCAUAAAAGAAAUCAAGAAAGACAAUGCGAAGAUCACACAUCUGAUUGGAGUUUUACACCUCGAAGGCUCUGUUAAAACAACAAAGCUGAAGCUUACAUGGCUUCCUGAAAUGGAUGAGUUAGUUCAUCUUUCAUUGGUGGAGUUCGACUAUUUGAUAAAGAAGAAAAAG